GUCGGGGGGGGGGGGCGGAGCGAGGCUGCGCUUAAAAUGCGGGGACUCGCCAGCCGCAAGAUUUUUCCUCGACAGAUCCUGCCGCAGGCAGCUCCCUCCCGCUCCACCGGCCUCUGCCCGUGCCGCCGCCGCCUGCCGCCCGCGUCUUCCCGGCUACCGCCGCCGCCCGCCCUCUCCGAUCCCUGGGACGAGGUAAAGCGCCCCGGGCCGAGCCACUGGGCACUCCGCCCGGAGCGCCCGUCCUCCGUGCUCGCCCCAGUGGGUGUGGCUCGGCCUCUCCCGCGCCCCGCCGCGGCACUUCGGUCCCCUCCCCCCGCACCCCACCGCCGCAUUUCAGCCUCCCCUCGCGGCCUCCAGCUCCCCACCCCCACCCUCGCCCCCGCCCUCAGACUCAGGGCCCCGGAGCUAAUCCUAAUGUCCGAGGCCGCAGGAAAUCUAAACAGCCUGCGCAUGGCGAACGUGGCCCUGCGAGAAGAAUUAAAUGCCCUCCGCGGGGAGAAUGCCAAUUUAGGCCUUCAGCUCGGAAGAGCCCUAGCCGAGGUUAAUUCCUUGCGGGGCAACGUCUCGAGCUACAUCCGCUGGCCAGUGCCGGUGGUGCCCGUCCUGGCCGAGGAGAACUUUGAGUUCCCGCUCAGCGAGAUCGACGCAGUUCCCGAGGGAGAGCUGCCUUUCUUGUGCUGGCCUCCCCCUCGCGCGGAGCCCGAGUAUGCCUCGGACGAACUGCUGAUUAGCGUGAUCCAGGAUUGCGGUACCUCCGACGCGCCCGUCGACCCUCCCCCGCUGCCCAUCCCGCCCCCGCCGGCGCUGCCCCCGCCCCCAUCGAAGGAGCAGCCGGCACAGCCUCCUCUGCCGCCGCUGGAGCGGCCUGAGUUAGAGCCCUUCUCGGGCGACCCGGUCUAUCUGGCCGAAUUCCUGAUGCGGCUAGAGACCUUCAUAGCUGACCAUGAGGAUCAUUUCCCCGGGGGCGCCGAGCGGGUGGCCUUUCUGAUCUCCUUUUUCACUGGUGAAGCCAAGGACUGGGCCAUCUCAGUCACCCGGGAAGGAAGCCCCCUGCGUGCCAACUUCCCACGCUUCCUGGAUGAGAUCCGUAAGGAAUUCUGCGGGCCCAUCCCCCCAAGUGUGGCUAAAAAGGCCAUCCGCAAGCUCAAGCAGGGGGAUUGUACUCUAGGCAGCUAUGCGGAUGCUUUUCAGUUCCUGGCCCAAUUCUUGUCUUGGGAUGACUGCCGCCUUCAAAACCAAUUCCUUAAAGGCCUGUCAGAAUUCUUCCGCAAGGAGCUCUUAUGGUCAACCGAAAUGGCUGACCUGGAUGAGCUGAUUCUCGAAUGUGUGGAGAUAGAAAGAAAAGUGCGUGUCCCCAAGCCAAUCCCUCUCCCUGGGGUUCGCAACAUCUUCUUCCCUUUUGCUAAGGACCCUAAUAUCGACGACAGUGAUGAAGAAGAGUACUACAGUGACGAAGAUGAAGAGGCACGCAGGCGCAAGCUUUACGACAGGGACCAGCGAAGGCACGUGAGAGGUAUUCAGCAGGAGGCGAAGGAGGAGGAGGAGAAGAGGAAGAAGGAGGAAGAGAUGAGGAAGAAGCAGCUGGAGGAGAUGAAGCAGAAACAGGAAGUGGAGGAAGAGGACGAUGAGGAUGAGGAGGUGGAUGUGGGUGUGGAGGUGAACAUAUUCAAGAGGAGCGAGGAUGAAGAUGAGAAUAAGGGUGGGGAGGCAGGUGCAGAUGGGGGCCAGGAGCCAGAGCAGGAGCCAGAGCCAGAAGAGGAGCAAGAGUCAGAGGAUGAGACCCAAGAUGAUGACCUCGACGAGCUGAUGGAGAUGGAGCCGACCGUUGCCCACGCUUCAUCCCAGACUACUGGCUACUAUCAUGAAAAUUUCCUGGAUGCAUCGCCUCCCAUCAUACAGCCCAGCAGGCGGAGGAACCAAAACCGAGUCCCACUUCUGGAGGGCCUGCCGGGUACUAAUUCACCAUUCUACAGUUCGCCGCCACUGAUUCGCCGCGCAGGUCGCUUGGGGCAACGCCAGAUUCGAAGACGUCCCCCGGUGCUAUUCCGCCUCACUCCGAGACAGGGGGGCCACCGGGCGGCACGUGGCCGAAUUCGCGUGUGAGUGCUGGGGCCAGCUGGCCAAGCAGAACACACCCUUCUACUGCGUCCCCUGCCCCUGCUAUCGCUGCCACACCUGCCCCUUUUGCUGACCAGUACUUGAGGGAGUUCCAGACCUGCAGAGCCUGAAGAAGACUUCUAGAACGCCAGAUCAUCUUGCAGCCCUGACCAGCAAGUGCUGCGCAUCCAACCAAGGCCACUUGGGAAAGAAGGGAUCAGCGAUAGCUGUCCUCUUGGUGUGCGCUCUGCUCAGGCUUGCCACAAGUUAGAGAGCAGGUUUCUGGGCCUGUUCCCAUAAAAGAACUAACUGGUCACCCUCUUGUAUUUCCCCUCUAGUUGUUCCUAACCCUCACCUCUCCUGCGUUUAUUCACCUUGCGUUCUAUGGUUUUAUCCUCUGACUGGAUCACCAGGACUUCACCCAAUGCCUCACUGAUCUGCCCCCACACCAAUGAGCAAAAGGACAGGCUACACUGAACUCCUAAAGCCACCGAGGCCACUUACUAGAUAUAAUCAACGGAGAGCAGGAUGGUAUCAAGAGAUGUACCUAGAAACCGACACUUGCUUCAAGCCACACCUCCAGCAGAAGGGCCCCGAAGAGAACUCUACAUCUAGCCCAGUGUGCGCACACAAAGCCACACAUCAGAUGGACAACUUGGCUGAGAUUUGUUCUUGACUGACUGAGCAAGCUCGUUCCUCCUCCACAUAGACUACUGUGGCAGGGCCCUUGGACCAGCUCGCCAAAUCUGGGACCCUCUCCUCUUACCACACUGCUUUCCCGGGCAUCCCCAGCCAUUAGAGUCCGAUGUUACAGGCUCUAACCCUUUUCUUGACAUUGCCUAAAAGGUGGAGGAUGGGGAGGAGGAGAAGGAGGGGGAGGAGGAGAAGAAGGAAGCAGCAGCAAGUCAGUUUGACAUUGUAAGGAAUGACUCUUUCCUUAGGGACAGUGGUCUCUUUCCCUGACCAGGCCUUGGACUGCAGUCCCCAGCCAAAGGUCUUUGCAGGAAACUUGCCUUCCUUGAGAUUCCAGAGGAGGCCUAAUUGGCCUUUCUUUUCUGGACUGCUAAAAGAGAGAGGGCCCAAGGCCUGCUCUUUAAUUUUGACCUAAAGGAUUCCUUAGUUCUGAGAGGAGAGAGGAAGGUUCUGUUUACAGAGACUGCACACACUGCAGCCUUAAGCUGGGAUGUCCUCAUGUUUCUUAUAUGGGUGGGGGCAGCCAUGGCCUGGUGCUGGACCUCCAUUAGACAAUGAGGCUUAAGAGUGUGACUGCCUCCUAGUAAUCCCUGGGACUUCUGGGUACCAACCUAGGUGCCCUCAUAAAGGGUCUUGCUGCUUGUCUUGGGUCUAGAAGACACUGCUUCUGCAGUGAAAAAGUACAUACUAUGUCACUCUGGCCACAGAAUGCCAGCCAGACCUGCUGCUGGCCUGAACUGCCCCCAACACUGAGCCUCCUGCCUAGUGUCUGGCAGCUGGGCACAUGUAGCCACAGUGUCUGUGGCCAGAGGGAAGAAAACAUAGUGAACUCUGCCUCUGUUCCUCACCGGAGUCUGACAGAUAACCUCAGCCCAGCCUUAGGAUUUUGAGCCUGGAGGCAAGAGGAAGGAGCUGGAGGAAGAGGAGUCACAGAGAAACCCAGUCCUCUGGCUGGUUUCUGGUGAGGUCUCUAUUCAUCACUGGGAGCUAUUUCCUCAGGAGAGAGUUCCAGAAGGGGAACUGCUAUUCUUCUAGGCUGUGGACCCUGUUUGCUGACAGUCGACACGCUGGCCCUGCUGCCCAUGUCCCUGAGUGAGAAGUGCAAAGGACAGGUGCCUUGCACCCCAACCUCCAGGGACCCCUCAGCACAGGCCCUGCCUGUUCCCAUGGUGCUUCUCACCCUGAGCCUUGUAGUCUCCACCGGGAAAACAGCGGAUGAGCAGUGAGCUGGUUUCUGGCCCUCUGGUGGCAGGGGGCUUGGGCUUCCCCGUGACCCUCUUUCCCUCCCCCUUUUCCCAGAUCUUCAAUAUUUGUUGUGAUGUAACAGUCACAAGAGCUGUAAGAGGAACUAUGGGCUUUGGGUGCUUUCUUGGGUUGAAAGAGGGGUGGGGGUGGGGGUGGGGAAAUGCAUGCAAGGGGGGGGUAUGAAGGCAGCCCAAGGAUUCCCAGAGACUCGGGAGGAAACCCAUUUGAGACAAAUGUGUUAUUGUUAUUGUGUUAUUGUUGCAUUACUGUGUUGUGAAGAUAAGAAAUCAUUCUGUAUGCUAAAGCUUUCUCCUCAAUAAAAAUAUAAAGGGUGUGUAAA